AUGGUCCGCUGGCGUGUGUUUGGCGUGUCGUUGCUCGUGACCCUGGCGACAGUAUGCCUAGUAGUCGCAAAUUUCCUCACGCCAAAGCCGCUCUUGGAGAAGAUCGUUCCCUCCCGUGGUCUUCAUGAUGUGGAAUUCUUUUAUGUCCCAGAUACAGAUCCAUCCUACUAUGGGAGAGCAACACUAGAGCGACAAACUAUCGACAGACGGUGUGGCUGGCAAUUGUAUAUGGACUGUCCGCAUUCCAUCUACGACGACCCUUCCAUAAGAAAUCAGUACGUCAACCACACGGUGAUCAACUCAACAAUUCCAGAUGUUACCCGAAAUCUCUUCACUAGCGGGACGAGAACCGGCACCGUUGCCAAUCUUCUAGACAUCCAAUUCAGAGCCUACAACCUGGUGAACAACAUAUACGUGGAUAACAACGCUAGCAGGGCUGUCGGCCGUCUCGAAGUCCUCCCUUCUAUGAUCCUCAAUAAAGGAUACUACCUGGUGAACGGUUUGAUCAUUGAUGCAUUUAAAGGAGGCAUCGGAAUACGAAAUCAUACCGUACCCGGGGGUCUCGAACUGGGAGCGACAUGGACAGAGGACAUUCUUUGGGUCCUCCCGGAGACCAGAUGUACCAACACGAACCUGAGCCUCCACUUCUCCGUCAACGGCAACGCUUCGAAUUCCAUGUCGGGAGACGACGGAUACCUUCGUGACGACGGCGGCUUCUCUGACAUCAGUGCCGAGAUCCCCCUUCCGCAAUGGAAUGAUGGAGACCAGUGGAAGGACGUCGGCUCCACGCCGCAACUCAAGCGAAGUGCCGACAUCCUGGCCUGGUGGAACAACCAGUUCGUGGCCCAGGUCCUCAACCUCACGUCGUCGCAGAAAGGCGCCGUAUACACAGGCCAAUUCAACACCUUUGGCUAUCUCAGCCAACCUGGAGCAAUCAAGAUUAGCAGCGUGGACGGCAUGUUCCUGGAUGACAUAUACUACAAGAAGCAGGCAACAUUGGAGUCGAAGUUUGAAAAUUACGGCGUUCGAUGCAGCGGCUAUUACGACGAUGACCCAAGCGUCGCUGGAAAGCCUUUCGUGCAGUGCGGAUACCUUUACAGCAUUCCACAGCCAGAGAAUGUCGAUCGCGGGCAAUCGUGGAGGCCUGAUCCGGGUUCCCCCUGGCAGCAGAACCUGUAUACGUGCGCCAGCUCCGUGGCCGCGACGAUCAAACAGGUGACAUUCAGCACGAACGGCAGCACGUCCUUCGAAGCGUUUCAGGUGCUCGAUGUGCAGGAGAAAAACUACACAGAUGCUGACCUCCCGAUCUGGGGCAUCGAAAAGGUCGACUCGGAGACGUACAAGAUCUGGGAUGUGUACAAGUUCUGGGGCCUCGUUGACCCGGCCAACCAGGACCACCCUGACGUCGACGUCCACAGGGCCUCCAAGAUAUACCUGCCCGCCGCCGUCCGGGGCACGACGCUGGGAAACCACAUGUACGAUUCGUUCGCCGCGGGCGGCGUCUUCACCGCAGCCUGGAACAGCAUCUACUCGUACGCGGCGGCGCUGAGCGAUGUGAACGAGGACGCCAUACCAAACUACAGUGGCAAGUCCAACUACGGGCUUACGCUCAAAUGGCGGCAACUCAUGUCGCAGCGGUCGGCCGAUGCCGGGGGCGCCGAGACGCUGAUGAACCUGAUCUGGACGGACCUCAUCAGCUUCGCGAUCGUGGGCACGCGGACGGGCUUUGAGGGCAUGAUGGGGUCGAUGUCGUCCGUCACAAACCACCAAUCCAACAACCUGGGCUUGCGCCGCGCGCACAGACACGACCGGUCCAUCGAGUACGGCGACAUCCGGUACGCGAUCCCGGCCUUCGUCGCCGGCGCCGUGUUUCUGCUCACAUUGCUCGCCUCGCUGGUGAUGUGCUGCUUCCAGUCGCGCGUCUGGUCCGCGCUGAAUCAUUACACCAACCAGACCAGCAUGGGCCGCGCCGUCACGCAGACCAUGCUGCACGGCGGCCCCGACGAGAUCAGCGCCUUCGCCAGCACGAAACAGUGGGCUAAACAGGCCAGGUAUAUUGUCUUGCCCGUGCCGCCGUCGCCAGGGGGGAGACGGGAGAAGCACAACACUUCCUCCAUUUCUAUCACCUCCUCCAGCGGCCCCGGCAUUGCCAACGGUGGAGGGCCCUUGAGCCGUUCAACAAUGAGAAAACGCGAAACUCUCAAGAAGCCGGGACUUGCCCCCACGAGGUCCCUAAGUAACUAUAGCAGUAGCCGGAGCCAGGUCUCCUACACGCCUAUGGUGGAGCGCUCGUCUAAUGACCACCCAGAACCUUUCCGGGGGUCGCAUGAAGCCGAGUCUGAGUCACUUGAGAGGCUUACUGGCUAA